AAAACCUAAGUCUCUCCACACACACACACACGCUACAGGAAUGGACGGUGCUCUUUCCCCAUUGCACGCGCCCUUGUUGCUACGCGCUCCGCGCCUCCUGGACCGGGCUCAGUAUCCCGCGAGGAGCCCGAAGUGCGCGCGCUGCAGGAACCACGGCGUUGUGUCGGCACUCAAGGGCCACAAGCGCUUCUGCCGCUGGAGAGACUGCGCAUGCGCCAAGUGCGCACUCAUCGCCGAGCGCCAGAGGGUCAUGGCAGCGCAGGUGGCGCUCCGCCGGCAACAAGCGCACGAAGAGAGCGAAGCCAGACAGAUGCAGAUCCUCUACCCGGGGUCGGGGCUCAUGGACAGAGGGGUCACCCCGAGCAACACACCGGGGCUACACGCCGCUUUCACCACCGAGCACAGGAAGAACGGAGACGACCUGAAAAAAUACAUGUUUAACGGCUUCAUGCUCGGUUCUCACGUGCUCCCGGUGACGUCUCCGGUGGCUAAGACUGAACUCGGCCCAGAGGUCAGUCCCACAGAACCUCUUCUUUUAAGAGGAAACCAGUCUCCCGGGUUUGACCAACUGUCUGAUCGCACAACAAGCCCGCGAUCUCUGUCUUCUUCAGAUCUGGAGUCGGGAAGCGAGUCGGAUAAACCGAAAGUCGAUGCGUCUGGAGACGUGGCAAGGCCGGUUUCCUCCGGUAGAGAGCGUGAGCCUGCUGAGGUGCUGAUGAAAAUCUUCCCUCAUGUGAAGCAGGAUGUGCUGGAGUCAACUCUGUGCGCAUGCACAGGGGAUAUCGUGAAGGCAAUCGAAAUGAUGCUUUCCUCUAAAGAGGGACGAUGCGCAAACGAACCGGGAGCUUUGUUAACGGAGAGCGCUUCGGCGGCACAGCGCCAUCACGCGCUCCACAUUUCGGCCUCAAAGUCGGCCUUCUCCCCGCUGCAGUCCACUGUUGUGAAAUCUUUCGGAAGUGACGGCUUCUACGGGCUCAGUCCUUGUUUCGGGAUCAACCCACUGCGUGUAGCGUAUUCCGGUUCCGGAGGCGCGUUACCGAGCUUCAUCUCUCCAUACCUGUCAUCCGGACUGCUUCCCGCAGUGCCUUUGCGCGCGCCCGUCGAUUAUCCGUUUCCCACUUUGACCUACCAGACCAAAGACAAUCUAAGCACCUCAUCUAUCUACCCAGGGCACCGGAAGUGACUAAGACGGUUAUUUUUGUGUAUCACAGUACCGAGUGUGCUGAUGCAGUUUUCUAAGCCUCCAUUAAAUGAACCUCUCUUGCCUUGAAAUGUCGGACCCAUUCUAUUUUUGUACUUGCUUAUAUUUUCUAGCUUUAUUUUUUCACUGAGCUGUACAUAGCCAAUACUGUCACGUUUUGUAAAUAAACCUCCACUUGUAGAAAAAAAA